AUGUGGCUGCAGUGCAGUCGUGUGCUCCGCGAGCGGGCAGAGCGUGGGCUCUACUUCCCCAUCAACCAUCGAAUUAUUGACCAGCGUAACACCUCAGCUUCUGGAGCGGAAGAGGCCGAUAUCCAGUCCCGGUACCGGCGCCAGCUACGGUCGAGCUUUGUGACGGGGGAGACACGGCAGACGGAGCCGCCAGCGUGGAGCCAGCGAACUCGCCCCACACACUUUUUCUCGCUUCCGCUACCGACCCGGUGCCUACUUCGGGUGCGCGUGAAGGAGAUGCACGACAGCAUGCUAUUUUCUAAUGCGCACAUCGAGCCGCUUCUGAUUCCUGCUGCUAAGCUACACGUCACCCUGGGGGUGAUGUCCAUUAGUGGUGACACAUCCACAGCAGAGAAAGCCGCGGAUCCUGCAGCACCUGAUGUGCUGGCGGCCAUCCAAGAUUGCGUCGACCAGGCGUGUCAUGAUACGUGCACGGGGCCACUGCAGCUGCGCUUUCGCGGCCUUGGCACCUUCGGACAGGGCCGUGUGCUGUUCGCGAGAUGCAUUACUGAGGCACACUUCACCACACUAGACACGCUUGUGCGCCGCAUUCGAAGAGACGUAGGGCUCGGCUUAGGCGUGGACAUGAAGGGCAACCCGAACGAUUCUUACGUGCCCCACGUCACCGUCGCUAAGCUCCGUCCAUCGCAGAUUGGUGAGUUUGGUCGUCAGCUUCCCAUGUCGAUGUGGGCGGCUCAUCAGCAUCACGACUUUGGUGACGUCACCUUUAACAGGGUCGAUCUGUGCAGCAUGAAGGGCCAGGGAAAGGAUGGGUACUACCACGUUGUGUCCUCGGUGACGGUGUAG